GACAAAUUUAACAAUUUCAUUACGAGGGACAGGGGCCUCUCAUCAAAAUAAUAAAAACAAAUAAAAAGGUGGGGCUGGGGUGAGUUAACUCGAUCGGAUGUCAAGUUGACUCAAAAUUUUGCAAGAAAGAAGGCGGCUAAAAUCCAACUGCUCUCCUCGUUUCUUCUCUUAUUAUUCAUUUCAUCUGUCUUUUUGAAUCUUUUUCCCUUUUGGGUUUUCAAUAUUUCCAUCAAAAUUGUUUCUUUCGAAAAGAGAUAUGAAAAAAGAAAGAAUAGUGCAGCAGAUACCACCAGCUGAAGAAGAAGAAGCUGAAAUUCCGAUUCUUCCCGAAGAAAUCAUAGCGGAAAUCCUUUCAAGAUUACCCAUAAAAUCUCUUUUCCAGUUCAGGUGUGUUUCCAAACUUUGGCUUUCUCUUAUAUCAGAUCCCCUGUUAGCCAAAGCCCACCUCAAACAAACCAUUAAAAAUGAUUACUUUUAUUCUCAGAGAAAAAGAGUAAUCAUUUCCUCGCAUAAUUUAUACUCUCUUGAAUAUGAAUCAAUUGGUAAAGAUGGUAGCUUUAGUGAAAAUUUGGUAGCUUCAGAGCUUGAUUAUCCUUUGAAAGACCAGCCAAAUGGAUUGACUGAGCUGUUAGAUUCUACUAAAGAUGGUUAUUUGUAUUGUGAAAGAAGUGAAGAUGAUGAAUUUCCUGUAAUGGUGAAGCUAAAUUUGCCAUGUUGUGUGAAUCCAAGGAAUUGGGUUGAUAUAUUGGGUUCUUGUAAUGGGUUGGUUUGUAUUGCCCCAGAUGAAGAUACCCUUUUUUUGUUUAAUCCUUCCACUAGAGAAUCGAAGAGAAUCCCAGACCUGCCUGCCGGUUUUGCUCCUAAUGGUUUAAGUGUUUAUGGCUUUGGUUUUGAUUUUGUUAAUGAUGAUUAUAAGGUGGUGAAACUAGGGUGUGGACCUGUGUGUGUUUAUUCAUUAAGAACUGAUUCAUGGAGGAAGGUUGGGAGUUUCCCAUUUGAUGAUAAUGUGUAUGAAUCUGGAGUGCUUAUGAAUGGGGCUAUUCACUGGAUGGCCAGUCGUGGAGAUGGGGCGGAUUAUGAGUGUGUGGUUGCUGCUUUUAGUUUAGAAGAAGAGGUAUUUUCGGAUAUGCCAGCUCCUGACUUUGUUGAUACUAGCUUUGAAUUUGUGGUGGGGGUUCUUAAUGGAUGCCUCUGUAUGCUUCAUAGCCGCAAUCAGCUGCAUGAUGACUUUUGGGUGAUGACCAAGUAUGGUGUGGGUGAAUCAUGGACUAAAUUGACCCUCAGUAUCGCAUACAUAUGCAUGAAGCCAUUGUGUUUGGCACAGAAUGGAGAAGCGCUGCUGGAGGUUGAUGGAAAACUGUUGUUGUACAACUUGGGAGAUGACAGUUAUAGGUACUUAGUAGUUCAUGGCAUUCCUGAGGGGGACGGUUUUGAAGCAGAUACGUACUUGGAAAGCCUUGUGUCACCCAAUGGCUACUGUAGGAGUGGAAUACAGGUGAUACACUAAAGAUGAUAAGCUUGUUGAAUCUUUUCCUAUUAUGUUCUGUACUUUUAAAUUCAUGCAACUUAUUGUACUUUUACUUAUUUGUGAGCUCUGUUCCAUAGAAUACAUAUUUCAUCUUCUUGUCCUUAAUGUGUCCCUGUUGCUACACAUGUUGUGGAAAUGCUGAGUUCAUAUGGUUGACACAUGAUGCAGAAAAUGAUAAUAAAAUACAAAUUGUACUGUUCAAUUUCGUUUUUAUUUUGUUUGGACAGGAAGUUUAAGGAUUUGAAUGCUAGACCUUCCCGGUUUGGUAUCCGUCAUUAAGAUAUAAUUAUAAUUUAGCCUUACAGUCUCCUUUUCAUUAUGAUUUUAUGCAAGUCAUUUUAGCUGAUACUCUCUUCUAUUAAUCCUUUGGUUGGAACCUGUUUCCGCCUUUGACAGACUUAUGGAGAGAAGGAUAAAUACUGGCUGCUUUCAACCUCUGUGUUUUUCUGUAGGCAAAGUUUUACUUAUCUAAAAAAUUCAGUGACUAGUGCAUCACUUAGGUUUUUAAGAGAACCUCAUUACUAAUUGCAGCUUUUCCUCAAUAUUUCUUAAAGUUACUACAUGCCUGAGUUGUAGGCAUUUACAGUAGAUCAUGGCUUCUUCACCAUAGCCAACUUAUGAGUUUGCAAAGCAUGGAUUUGCACGUAUUCCGAGCUUAGCAAUAAAAAUCUAGUUAAGCAAAUUUCUGGUUAAUAAAGUUACAUUUACCUAACAGAAAGGACAAAGAAACAAAAGAACCAACUCAGAUAGUGCUAAAAGAGUAACAUAUAUUCUUCCUCUUCCUACCACUUAACUAUGUCGCCACAGUGCAUCUCAUCAGACAGAAAAGCUACAAUAAAAAUUAGGUCAAAGCAGAUUCUCCGUGUAAGCAAUAGCUUCACAUGGCCAUUGCCGGUUCUUAUAAACCUGAAAUCUUUUGAGGUCGUCUUAUUCGCAUCAUUCCUCAUCAGUUUCUUGAAACAUUCCUUUAUAUGUAGAACAGAUGUUUCCAAAAUGUACAGGGACCCAAGGUAAUAAAGAUAAUUUAUCCUAAACAAUUUACUGAAUUUAGUCCAAGACUCCAUAUACCCACAAUUCAAAAGCAGGCAAAAUAGUGUUAGAAUAAUUAAUGCAAAGUUUAUCUUCAAGAACCCCCAAGCUAAUAGUGGUGGUAGCAGAGCAUGGGGUAUUGGCAGACUAUUGAAUAUCUUCUGUUUAAAUCAAAAGUAGUGAUUUCAUGAGAUUCUGGACUAAAUAGCAUAUCACUCCGAUCAAAUGGCCAAUGGAAAGCUCCAUUGAUAAAAGCACAAGACCCUUUAGUGUAAAAAAUAUCAAGCCUUUCAGGAAGCUUUUCAAUUAUUCUCCAUGAGUUUUUUCUCAGUGAAAAAAAUUUCAGCUCGUCGGUGAAAGUCGAAAAAAUAAUUUGUAAUCGUUAGAGGAUGAGUCGUACCCAAAACCAACAAAACGUCAAUAGGUAUCGGCCUGAAAGACAAGGUUCUGGCAGCUCCUUUUAGUCUGCAGUUGAUGGAUUCCAAAUAGAGAAACGUUUGUCAUUCAGGGCUACAGCUGCCAAACCAUUGCGUGAAUCAAGAAUUUUGAGAUAUUGAUGACGCCCUUUUGGUGGAAAAUCGAGACGUACCAAUGUCAAUUCAACGCCCAAAGAUGUGUCAGACACGUUAAAGAACUUGAGGC